UCUAUGGACUCGUCGAAGCCUUAUGUCCGACUCUCUGCAGCACAAGACAUCUCAGAAUCAUCUAACCCACAACAGAAGCUUGGACUUUCCAGUUCAUCUUCACUUUCAGGUUCUGUUCUUAUCCGUGCUCCUCUUACUCUUGAUUCUGAUUCGGACUCUGAAAUCAACGGUGGUAAUGAACUGGGUUAUAUUACUAGUGGCAGUAACAUUAGUGUUGGUUCUGAGUGUGGGUUUGUGAGUGGGGAGGAGUUUGAAACGGCGUCGGAGAGGCCCUUUGUGGCGGCGGACUCGGUUGAGGAGAGUGGCUCUGUAGAAAGAUAUGAGGUUUUCUGGCCUUCUGUGUCUGACCCAGAUGAGUAUGAGGAAGUUGUGGGGAGAGUUAUGGUGGGUGAUCAAGUUUCGGAGGGAGUUAGGCCCAUUGCAAAUGUGUCAUGGGAGAGUGAUGGGAGUGAGGAGAUUGAAGAAGUGAAGGAAGAGAAUGGUGGAUUGUUGGGUCAUGUUAAGGCUCUGGUCUUUGGGUUUGUGGAGCAGGUUAGUAUUGCGCCUAGAGUUAAGAUAUGUGAGGUUGAAGAAGGGGAAGAAGAUGAGUCCUUGGUUGUUGAUGAGUCGAAUUUUGUUGAAUGCGGAAAUGAGGAUACUGUUCAAGCUGUUGAGGAGUGUAGUUUUACUACUGCUGAGUCCAGUGAAACGAAUUCUGCUGAGACAGCUGAGUUGAACUUGAAUGUAUUGGAAGGUGGAGAGAAAGAUAAGUAUGUCGAAGAAGAGUCAUUCGUGGGUGAAAGUUGUGAGAAUUUGGAAGAAUUUGGUGUCGAGGGUAACGAGAAGCAGAGUAUGGGGGGUGGUCAUAUAUCGGAGGAUAAAGUUGAAAGUGAUUGCUUUAACUCGAUCACACCAAGGUCUGUUUUGGGUGGGAAUGUGGCCACUGGACUUGGGAUCCAAAAUACGGUUGCUAAUUGGGAGGGCUUGGUUUCUAUUGGAGAUGCUGGUGUGCAAGUUCAAGGCAGUGAAGCUAAAGUGGAAGUCCCUUUCAAGGAGAGGGGUUUCACUAUGGAACAUGACCCUAUCAGCUUAGGUCUGUUUGUGGAGAGUGCCACACAAGAGAUUAAGGUUUUUGAGGUUGAAGAAGAGGAGUCAGUGAUGGAGGAGAACUCCUCCAAUUCCUUUAUAAAGCAGUCUGAGCUCGUUACAGAUGGGUUGAUCGAAGAAAAUGAUCUAGGUGGUGAGGAAACCAUGGAACCAUUGGAGAAUAGCACGAGUAUGGCAGAAGAGUCUAUGAUGCAUUGCCCCAAAAGCAAAACAUGUGAUGUUCAUAAUACCGGAAGUUCUGGGGCACUGGAUAGAGGAGUCCAUUCAGAAUGUGUUUUUGGUAUCGAGGGGAGUAAAAAUCAGAUGAGGGAUGACAAUACGUAUUCACAGCCAAAUCUAGUUCUGAAGAUUGUAUAUUUGGGUAAGCGCAAUUUGUCUGAAGCUGCUGAGGGUGGUGAACCUGUACUAUGUUCUGAUUUCAUAAAAUCGAUCACACCAAGUUCCAGUGUGAGUGAUGAACACAUUUUUGGUGGUGAAACCAAGGUGAGAAAUUGUAAAAUAGGUAGAAGGCUAACUGGUGUAGCCGUAACUCACAUGGGCGAGGAUGCCACCACUGGACUCAAGAUUGAGGAUCAAAUUGUUAUGGGGAAGAACUUGCUUUUGACUGGAAGUGCUGGAGCUGUGCAAUGCCAUGGUGAUACAGCAUGUGGAGCCAAACUAGAACUGUGCCUGAAGGAGAAUAAUUUUCGUAUAAAGCAGGACCAAACCAGCUUGGGGCUAUCUUUCAUGAAGUGGGGUGGGGGUCUUGUUCUAGCAACUGAUAUACUGUCUCGGUUCACUGUUGGAAAUUCUAAAAUAGAUGUUCAUGUUGUAUUGGACAACAAGCAGAGGGGAAAGAUUGCUAUAAGAACCAGCAACUCGGAUAAAAUCCAAAGUGCAGGGAUUUUUGGGAUUCUUUCAGUUGCAGUUUCAGCCUUUGGGUUUCUCCGUUCGAGAUUCAGUGUCCAGAACUCAAGAUAAGGAACAUCCUUGUUCGUUGUAACUUGUACAAAACUUUGGUUAUCCACCGCAAUCUCCUCACAUGAACAUCUAGAACCCUCAGCAUUGGUUAAAUGAAUGGCAGUACAUUCCAUAAUCCAUAUAACCCUCUGUAGUUUUUGUUUCU